AUGAUCGAGGCCUCAUCACCGUUGGCGGCCAUGCAGCCGCCUGCGUUCAUAGGCCAUUGCGGCUUCAGAGGAGAUGCUCCGACAUCGUUUGGCUCUUUCGCAGGCCCCAGACCUUAUGCCACAAGCAACUUCAACUUCAGGGAUCUAUCCAUGAAGAGAUCAAUGCAGAAGCCGCAGUCAGACUACUUCAGCCUCAAGCCCGUUCGAGGGUCUUCGCCUACCGCAAGUCUGGCAGCCGAUCUUUCUCAAAACUUUCAUAUUGAUCAGAGGCGAACUAGUCCGCAAGUACCUACGCCUCGGCGGGCGCUCUUUCCCAACAGCAUGUUUGCAACUCAGGAUGGCCAGAGACACCUCACCACGCCUCCUAUACCGUCGUCCUCUCCUGGGGUCCAUGACUCCAUGGACAUCGACCUCUCUCCACUGCCACACAAGGCUCCCUUCUCUACAGUAGUGGAAGUACAGCUGCAUUCGCCCACUCCCGAAUCUACACCAUCCGAAUCGCCCUUGCUGCCCGUACCAUCUCCACCCGCCUCAGACAGUCCUACAGACACUAUGCACCUCAACGUCCCCCAGGAACGGCGAAAACCGGGGCCUCUCCGACCUUCAUUAUGCCGAGCUAAGGGCUUCAGUACUGGAGACGUGCCGCAGAGACCUUCACUGGAGAGCCAGCUUCCACCUUUCAAGUUCGGGAAUCACCCAAACAAACCAACCACCUCGUCGUCAUUGUCGUUGUCGGAAAUAUUCGCGGAUUCGCCUCCGCCGGAGAAACAUCAUCCGCGGUUCGGAGCUGCCGCAUUCGCUCUUCCACGCUCUCGGCAGGGCCUAUGUGCCAGCGGCCACUCGUCACGCAACGGAUCCCCUAUUGGGGGGCACACGAGGAAAGGCUCUAAUCCUUUGGUGAGACCUCGGAAGCAAUUUCGCCGAUCUCUCAGCAUGUUUGAGCAUCCCGAAGACGUGAUGAAACAGGAGAAGGGACGCCUCAGCCCCCCGCCGCCGUUGCUUCCUUCUAUAAUGGACGUUGAAGCACCUCACGUGCCCCAACUGCCUCAUUUUACCCCGAGUGAGAUUGGCGCCUUGCCACGGAUAACAAAGGAGACCAUGGUCGAGGUUCUUGACGGUCGCUACAAUCAUAUGUACGAAAAACGGGUCAUCAUCGACUGCAGGUUCGAAUAUGAGUAUAGUGGCGGGCAUAUCGAUGGGGCCAUCAACUUCAACGACAAGGAGCAGCUAUCAUCACAACUUUUCGACGUCGAACCGACCUCCAAGGCACUCCUCAUCUUCCACUGCGAGUAUUCUGCUCAUCGCGCCCCUCUUAUGGCCAAGUUCAUCCGCAACAAAGAUCGUGCUACCAAUGCUGAUCGUUAUCCUGCUUUGACGUAUCCCGAAGUUUAUAUCUUGGAUGGUGGGUAUAGCACCUUUUUCAAGGAUUAUCGGUCCCGGUGUUACCCCCAGAACUAUGUUGAGAUGCAUGCAAAAGAGCAUGUCCUCGAUUGUGAGCGAGGCCUCGGAAAAGUCAAACAACGAUCCAAACUUAUUAGAGCUCAAACUUUCGCCUUUGGUCAACACUCUCCCUCGAUUGAUUCUAGUCCCACGGCAAUGGGACGAAGUCGUCUUGACGGCGAUAUGGAUCUGGACAUGGGUGUCGAAUAUACCCCCGUUGCCGGACCACGACCAGGAGUCGAUGUUCUCAGGGGUCGAAAUCACCGGAUGCUUUCAUAUUAG